AUGCAAAUCAAUCUCAGAGUUCGCGGAGCUAAGAUAACAAUGUAACGAAAGAGUUUGUUUAUAUAAACAUUGAAAGAGUGAAUACUACGAAUUAAACUAAUGUUGGGGGACUCCCCGGGGUUAUUCAGGGUUAUCGUCUGAAGAAUUCGCAAAGAAGUGGUAUUUAUUUCAAAGUCGGAGGAUCAACUGGAAUAGUAAAGUAUUCAACAGUGUCGUUGCAGGAGUAGUAAGUAAUUGAACGAUGCAGGUCGAACCGCCUAAGGAACUGUUGAAGCCGCUGCAGCUGCCGCAGCAGAGACUACUGACAGGGCCCGGACCAAGCAAUUGUUCUCAACGGGUUCUACGGUCACUCCAGAAUCAGGUUUUAGGUCACGAUCAGCCCGAAAUUCUUCAGUCGAUGGACGAAAUAAAAGCCGGCUUGCGCUACGCAUUCCAAACCGAUAAUAAGCUUACGCUGGCGGUUAGCGCAUCCGGUCACGGGGGUAUGCAGGCCGCGAUCUGCAACAUACUCGAGCGCGGAGAGAAUAUUCUCAUCGUCAAGGCCGGCAUAUGGGCUGAACGGGCUGCUGACAUGGCUGAAAGGCUUGGUAUCCACGUGGAUUUCAUGGAAACCGAGCUGGGUGUCGCCUUCGGCCUCCGGGAGUUCGAGGAAGCCGUUAACAAGUACUGUCCCAAGGCGGUCUUCGUCACGCAUUCGGAGUCGUCGACCGGACUGAAGCAGCCGCUCGAGGGACUUGGUGACAUCGUGCACAAGUAUGGAGGCUUGCUGAUAGUCGACACUGUCGCGUCUCUUGGAGCCGAGCCUUUCUUUGCCGAUGCCUGGGGCAUCGACGUGGUCUACACCGGGAGUCAGAAGGCACUCGGAGCUCCAGCCGGUAUCACGCCCAUCAGCUUCAGUCCCGCUGCCGAAAAAAAGAUUCUGACGCGCAAGAGCCCGGUGCCGAUUUUCUACUUGGACAUGAUCUGGCUGGGUCGCUAUUGGAACUGCUUCGAGACCGAUGAGCCGGAGACACCGAGGCCUUAUCACCACACGAUAAGUGCUACACUGGUUUAUGGUCUCCGAGAGGCGCUGGCCCAAAUUGUGGAAGAGGGUCUUGCUGCGUCCUGGGCUAGACACGCCAACGUUACGCAAAAGUUUCACGAAGGCCUCACUGAAAGAGGAUACGAGUUUUUCGUCAAGCAACCCGAACACAGACUAAAAACCGUCAGUGCUUUUAUACUGCCCAGUGAUGUUAAGGCUGAAACCGUCAUUCGCUACGCUAUGGAUAAGUAUAAUCUUGAGAUCGUUGGAGGUAUGGGUCCUACUGCCGGAAAAAUUAUACGCAUCGGGCUGAUGGGAGUGAACGCGACCUCCGAGACUGUCGACCUCGUCUUACGUGCACUGGAUGAUGCCGUCAAAUAUGCAAAAUCUUCUCAACUCAAAUCCAAUAUAUUGAUAGUUUAAAAUCAUCAUGGCAAACUGUUUUUAAAAAUUAAUGUAAAAUUCUCGCAACUUAAAUGAGUAUUCCGAUAUUGAUUUAAAAACGAGCAAAAGGUUGCAUCGCAUUGCACUUUUGGUAAAAGUAAAUUUUGAACAAUUUAUAUAAAUAUUGUUUUAUACGUACAAUAUAAAAGUUCAACAGAUAAAAUAUAAACAUUUCUGUAAAAAUUUUGUAUAAAAUUGAUCACAAAUA